AUGGUCGACCAGGGCCUUCCGCCCCGAAAGCGGCCCCGCUCAGAGGCGGAAUCUGUGGCGCCAGAUUUGCCGGCCUCGGCAACGUCCGCAGCGCCGACCAGCGGGCCUUGCAACGGCAACGGCUGCGCCUGCAGAGGCUGCGGCAACUUUGGUGGCUGUGGCAGCUGUAGCUGUGGCGGAUGCGGCUGUGGCGCCUGCGGCAGCUGUGGCGCGUGCGGCAGCUGUGGCGGAUGCGGCAGUUGUGGCGGAUGCGGCAGUUGUGACGGAUGUGGCUGCGGCGGAUGCGGCGGCUGUAUCGGCUGUCGCGGUUGCGGCGGCUGUGGUGGCUGCAGCAAUGGCAUGGACAUGAUGCAGCAGCAGUACAUGAUGCAGAUGGGCAUGUUCAAUCAGAUGAUGAUGAUGGGGGCAAUGAUGGGUCAGAUGAUGCCCAGCCCUGAUGGCAUGGUAGCCGGACCUGGCAUUCCCGAUGCGGGGAAGCCAGAGGAGGAUGACAUCCCUCCGGGGCCAUCCUCCAACAUCAACCACCCCAACUACCGGCCGCCGGAUGUGGAGCCCAUCCCUGGGAUCACGGACCGGCGCUGGGAAGGGCGCAUCAAGAUGUGGUUCGAGGAUAAGGGCUAUGGCUUCAUCUCGAAUGAGGAGCUGAAGAAAAGAUUUAACGAUCUGGACGUUUUCCUGCACCUGAACCAGAAGAGACACUUCAAGCGUGGCGACAUGGUGAGCUUCAGUGUGUACACCAACUACCGGGGCCAGCCUCAGGCCACUGAGCUGCGACGCCUCUAG